AUGAGGACGACGCAGAUCGCGCGAAGUUCGAUCGACUUCACGCCGACCGAGCCGCGGUCGAGGAAGAGGGUCCGGGAGGGCCUGACCUGGAGAAGAAGGACGACGGAAGAAGACUGCGCGGAGUUUCGAGGCACGGCUUCGCUGAUGCGGGCUGACGCGUUCAGGGCAUGGCUGACGGCGCAGGGCCAGGCGAAGUCGAGCGUGUCGACCCGCGUGUCUGACGCCCGGCGAGUCGAGUCCCACUACGGCGACCUGGAUGAGGCCUACGAGACGGACAGGUUCGAGGCGAUACUCAAGAAGCUGGAGUAUAGCGCCGCAGACCGCGCCGCCAAUCGUCCCAACCCCAGCGAGCUAUCGAUCGACGGCAAUCUCUACGACAGUCUCGCCAGCUACCGUGCGGCGGUUACCGCCUACCGCCGCUUCGCCGAGGACGGGGCCGCAGAGCUGUCGCAAGCCGACCGAAUCCGGCGCUUCGCGUUGGAGACGGUCAUUGCCCAGCGCGUGUCCGGGGGGAGCCCGAGGCCGAGCUUGUGA